UCUCCAUGACAACAUUUACACAACAGGAAAUUGAAUUUCUGCAGAAACAUGGAAAUGAACCCCUGUCAACUGCCAUUCUGCUUUGUGCUUCAAUGAGUUUGACUGUUGGAGAUGCCUCAUGUCUGUAAACAGAUUUGGCUAGGAUUAUUUGAUGAUAGAUCUUCAGCAAUUCCAGACUUCAGGGAUCCACAAAAAGUGAAAGAGUUCCUACAAGAAAAGUAUGAAAAGAAAAGAUGGUAUGUCCCUCCAGAACAAGCCAAAGUGGUGGCGUCCGUUCACGCGUCUGUUUCAGGGUCGUCUGCCAGUAGCACGAGCAGCACGCCCGAGGUCAAGCCCCUGAGGUCUCUCUUAGGGGACUCUGCACCAGCACUGCACUUACACAAGGGCACGCCCAGUCAGUCCCCUGUUGUAGGUCGCUCUCAAGGGCAGCAGCAGGAAAAGAAGCAGUUUGACCUUUUAAGUGAUCUCGGCUCAGACAUCUUUGCUGCCCCAGCACCUCAAUCAGCGGCUACCGCCAAUUUUGCCAACUUUGCACAUUUCAACAGUCAUGCAGCUCAGAAUUCUGCAAAUGCAGAUUUUGCAAACUUUGAUGCAUUUGGACAGUCUAGUGGUUCGAGUAAUUUUGGAGGUUUCCCCACAGCAAGUCACUCUCCUUUUCAGCCCCAAACUACAGGUGGAAGUGCUGGAUCAGUAAAUGCUAAUUUUGCUCAUUUUGAUAACUUCCCCAAAUCCUCCAGUGCUGAUUUUGGAACCUUCAAUACUUCCCAGAGUCAUCAAACAGCAUCAGCUGUUAGUAAAGUUUCAACGAGCAAAGCUGGUCUACAGACUACAGACAAAUAUGCGGCACUUGCUAAUCUAGACAACAUCUUUAGUGCUGGGCAAGGUGGUGAUCAGGGGAGUGGCUUUGGGACCACAGGUAAACCUCCUGUUGGUUCUGUGGUUUCAGCUCCUAGUCAGGCAAGUGCAUCUUCAGACAAGUACGCAGCCCUGGCAGAACUGGACAGCGUCUUCAGCUCUGCCGCCACGUCCAGUAACGCGUACACGUCCACAAGUAAUGCUAGCAGCAAUGUUUUUGGAACAGUGCCCGUGGGUGCUUCUGCACAGACACAGCCUGCUUCUUCAACUGUGCCUGCUCCAUUUGGAGCUACGCCUUCCACAAAUCCGUUUGUUGCUGCUGCCGGUCCUUCUGUGGCGUCUUCUACAAAUCCAUUUCAGACCAAUGCCAGAGGAGCAACAGGCCUUUCUGGAGCAAUGCAUUCUCAAGUGUUCCCUCACGCUCACUUUGCCGCGACCUUUGGCACGGCGUCCAUGAGCAUGCCCGCGGGGUUCGGGACUCCGGCGCCCUACAGUCUCCCCACCAGCUUCAGCGGCAGCUUCCAGCAGCCCGCCUUCCCGGCCCAGGCGGCUUUCCCCCAGCAGACAGCUUUUUCUCAGCAGCCCAACGGUGCAGGUUUUGCAGCAUUUGGACAAACCAAGCCAGUGGUAACCCCCUUCGGUCAAGUUGCAGCUGCUGGAGUAUCUAGUAAUCCUUUUAUGACUGGUGCGCCAGCAGGCCAGUUUCCAGCGGGAAGCUCAUCAACCAACCCUUUCUUAUAGCCUUAUAUAGAGACACUUUACUGGAACGAACUUGUGCGUGGUGACAUCACAUCUCUCCGCCUCUUGCACUGUUGUCUUGUUUCACUGAUCUUAGCUUUAAACACGAGAGAAGUCUUUAAAAAGCCUGCAUUGUGUAUUAAACACCAGGUAAUACGUGCAAAACAGAGGGCUCCAGUAACAACUUUUAACCUGUGAAUUGGCAGAAAAAGGUAGCGGUAUCAUGUAUAUUAAAAAUUGGCUAAUAUUAAGUUAUUGCAGAUACCACAUUCAUUAUGCUGCAGUACUGUACAUAUUUUUCUUAGAAAUUAGCUAUUUGUGCAUAUCAGUAUUUGUAACUUUAACACAUUGUUAUGUGAGAGAUGUUCCUGGGAAAAUAGAUCAGCCACUUUUAAGGUGCUGUCAUAUAUCUUGGAAGGAAUGACCUAAAAUCAUUUUAACCAUUGCUACUGGAAGGUUACAAAGUCAAAAUUGGAAGGUUUUAUUCAUUCUUGAAUUUUUCCUUUCUAAAGAGCUCUUCUAUUUAUACAUCCCUAAAUCCUUUAAACAUGUAGAGGGAUACCUGUCUGCAUCAUAAAGCUGAUCAUGUUUUGCUACAGUUUGCAGGUGAAAAAAAUAAAUAUUAGAAAAUAUGCUAUCGUUUUUGUGUUCUUGCUGCAAUGCCUUUACCAAAGUGGCCUUAAAAUAUGAGUAGUGAAUUGAGAACAUCUUGAAUUCUUAAAUUAGAAUUUCAGAAGACUUCUAGUGACUAACUUUUAUGUCUAAAAGAGAAAAUUUUAUAAAAAGGCCAUGUAGAAAAUUUAUUAAAACUACUAUGACUGCUAUAUUCAGGAAUAUGUCAGUGGUAAAGCAUUUCAAUGUAGCUUGUCAGAUUCACCAUAAUCCUUCUAAUUUCUUUGCAACUUCUUAAUUUUGUGAAAAUUUGUAUAUAUGAAGAAUUUGCAUGUAUGUGUAUUUACAAAUUUUUUAAGUAUCUUGAAUUCUCAGACUGCAAAAGUCCUAUUUUAACUAUUGAUUUUUAAACAAAAAAUAUUGUCUUUGAAUGUAUUGGAAGCAGACAUGCAUUACUGUGACAUGAUUGCACCUCAGUUUUUUUUUUUCCCCUUUGUUCGGAUAAACUGAUAUUAUUAAAAUAGGACAUUUAUUUAUGUUCGUUUCUGGGGGGACACAAACUGGAACCCAGUGUUACCUUAAAGUUAUACAAUACUUUGUUUAAAAAGGCAACGAUACUAAUGUUUAGUUGUAUCUUUUUGUUAAUAGUCAAGACAUGAACUUGUUUUAAUAUUUAUGUACAGUAAUGCCUCACUCAUCCGGACAUAGCUUAGCAGUCUCAACAAAACCGAACACAACUGAGAAACUUGGAAUUUUAAUUUUUCUUAAAAGCCUUUGAGCAACGCACAUAAGUCACAGAGUCUCUAGGUAUUGGAGCUCAUGCGUUUGUUUUUAUGUGAAAUUUUGAUUAUUUGACUUAACCAGCCCAUAGCAUAUUUGCAGUUCAGAAGUGAUGGUUUGGAAGGAGUUAGAAAAACCGUGAAAAACCGUCUCCUGUUUAGUGUAAGGACAGCUAGGCCAGCCUAGAGGACGUCACUAUAUGACAUCACCUUCUAACAGUAGUCUGUUACUAGGACUCUGUGUCAUCAAGAAAAGGUAACGUUACAUAUGCAAAUAUGUAAUAUGUGUUUGAAAAGUUCCAUCUUACAAUGAUUAAACAAUUUUGAAAAAGCUUUGGUAUUAAAGGAAGUGAACAUCAGUUUCUUCAGACAUUUUAUUUGUUUUGAAUACCUUUUCCAGUGACUCAGUGACUACGUGAGUUGUUGCACUUACCUUAAAGUCUGUGUACUGCUUGCAGACUUGUUAGAGGGCUGCUGUCCCUUCUGUCUCCAGCUGAAUGUGUGGUUGAUGAGCAAGAAGACUGGGGAUCUCUGCCCCUUUUUGAACAUUACGCCUCUUCUCUUAGAGUCGAGUGGGUGUGCCAGAGUCUAGGUGUGUGUGUGGGUGUGUACUUGGAGUGCCUGCAGUUUGGGGGUCUCCCUCCAGCCCCCCUUUCACGGAGGGAGUACUUACGAAAUGUCUUUGAAUUUCUAUGCUUUAGAUUGUAUUGGGGCCCAGUCAAUUCGUAUGUACAAAGUCAUGCUAUAUAACUGUAGGCCAUUACCGAAAUAACCUACCAGGCUUUCCGUCUGAGACAUAAGUAAAUUAAACUGUUGUUAUUAAAAUAA